GCUGAAUGUGCCCGGGGAGGCGCCGCCGGGCAUGGGGAGCCGGGAGCGGGGCGGGCGCUGCUGCUAGCGGGGAGCUCGGCUCCGAGCGACCCCCCCACCGUCCCUCCCUCCCCGCCUCUUCCGCACAGCCGGGCGGCCUCCCAGCCUGGCCUGGGCUAUGUGCGUUCCAAGCGUCUUUUCCACUAGCGUUUGCAAAUGAAAAUGGAGGAAAUGUCUUUGUCUGGCCUGGAUAACAGCAAGCUGGAGGCCAUCGCUCACGAGAUUUACACGGACCUGGUUGAAGACGCCUGCCUGGGGCUCUGCUUCGAGGUGCAUCGGGCAGUCAAGUGUGGUUACUUCUUCCUGGACGACACGGACCCCGACAGCAUGAAGGAUUUCGAAAUCGUGGACCAGCCCGGCGUGGAUAUCUUCGGCCAGGUCUACAACCAGUGGAAGAACAAAGAGUGUGUGUGUCCCAACUGCAGCCGCAGCAUCGCUGCCUCCCGCUUUGCCCCCCACCUGGAGAAGUGCCUGGGGAUGGGCCGGAACAGCAGCCGGAUAGCCAACAGGAGGAUCGCCAGCAGCAACAACAUGAACAAAUCCGAGAGCGACCAAGAGGACAACGACGACAUCAACGAUAACGACUGGUCCUACGGCUCGGAGAAGAAAGCAAAGAAGAGGAAAUCCGAUAAGAACCCCAACUCGCCCCGGAGAUCGAAAUCCUUAAAACACAAAAAUGGGGAGCUCAGCGGGAACUCGGAUCCCUUUAAGUACAGCAACUCCUCUGGAAUCAACUACGAAACGCUGGGUCCCGAGGAGCUCCGCUCGUUGCUCACCACGCAAUGUGGAGUGAUCUCUGAACACACCAAGAAGAUGUGCACCAGGUCUCUGCGCUGCCCCCAGCAUACAGACGAGCAGCGGAGGUCAGUCAGGGUCUACCUCCUUGGACCCGCUGCCUCGCUCCCAGAAGCAGAGGGCAGUGUGGAAAAUGAGGGCUUUGACAUGUCGGAGAGCCAGGCCAUCAUGAGCCGGCUGCAGUGGGACGGCUCCUCGGACAUCUCACCCUCCGACUCAGCCUCCUCGAAAGCAAGUACGAACAACUCGGAGUCGCGUAAAACCAAAAAGAAGAAGCCGCACCUGAGCCUGGUGGGGGGCACGCCGGGGCUCAGCUCCAGCAAGAAGAAGAAACCCAAACCGCCUGCGCCCCCCACUCCUAGCAUCUACGAUGACAUCAACUGAGGGGCGGGCGGCGGCCCCUGCACCGGGCCUGUCCUGAGUCUGAUCACACCCGGGGGAGCCAGGCGAUGCCUCUUACCCCCUGCGCUAUUGACUGACGAGAGAGGACCCGUCUCCGGGAAUCGGACUGCGUGGAUGCAGGGGGCACCUGUCUCCAGGAGGGGGUGCUGUGGAGCUGGAGGACGUCACUGCCUGUGGGGAUUGGGGGGCAUGGCUGACAUGUCCUUUCCCCCAUGUCUAUUUAUUCUGUAAUUUUUUUUUUUUUACUGGAUGUCCAAUCAUGACUAUACGGUGACGUCUGUCGCUCGGCAACACUAGAGACGGGUGUGCGUGUGUGUGGGGGGACUCAGCGGAUACCACCCUGGGCCUUGAAGGGAGGCACCGGAGGGGGGGGUUGCAGGAGCCAGGGCGUGCCAGCCCUGCAGCCUCCCUGCCUGCUCUCCCCGACGAGCUGAAAAGUCGGGGGAUCUGAGGGGAGGAAAAGGCCCCAAGUCUUGUCCCUUCAGAGCCACCUCCUCCAGGGAGCCGGGUGCUGGCUUCUGAGGAGGAGCUGGUACAAGGGUCAAUGCCAGGGGCCCAGGGCCUCUGCUUUCAGGGCAACACAGGCCUUCCCUUUUACUUCUGUCAUGUGACUUCUGGCUGGGCCUUGAUUUGGCAUUUGGGAGGGUGGAUGUUUCCUCCUUCCUUCUGCCCCCAGGUAGGGAGGGGGCUGGCUGGUGCCAGGUCAGCGCGCCAGAGCAGAGGGGGAGAUCUGAUGGCUCUGCUGUGGCACG